GCAGGAUGCGACAUUUGGCCAAAGUAAUGCCAUCCCAGUCAUCAAUAUGAGCCAUUGCGUCAUGGACCAUAAUAAUACUCAGACAUCCCCAGAUAGUGCAUUCAUUCAGCCCCCCUCUCUUUAAUCCUUUGUCCUGCUUUUCCCUCCCAGAGUCCAGCACCUGAAUGUGCAACUCUGUGCCGGGUUGCUUAGCGACGUCGAGUGGCGUUCCUGAGCCAAGAGAUCCACUUGUUAAAUCGAGACGUAAUGUAACACUGACAUCUUCCUCCAGCGACCGAUCAAUGAUGCCAACAGGUGUUUUGUUUUUACUCGUGGCGGAUAUGUGCACGCAUGUUAUUUAUCAGCAUUUCGGUCAAUUGUUUUUAGAGUGAUCGAGCGCUCAAGUUGUGGAUAGGAGCAGAUGGCAAACUCAUAAUCUGCUUUGCUCAGAGCUGCCACGCGCUCCUUGAAUCCAUCAUGCGCCGAGGACUUUGACGGGCCCAAAUCCUAGCUAUCAUGUGAAGGCUUUGUCCUCCUUUUUGACAUUGUGCCAUUUAGCUGCGCUGCCUUACCCAAGGCACUGGACUGUAAAAAUGUCACCACCGGCAUGACCAUCAUUACUUAUUUAAGAUCACUACAUCAGAAGGAAACUUCGCCACCAACAACGAAUUGGCUCCUUGGGCACAAAGGUGCUAUGUUAUUACUGUACACCCUAGGCUUUUAUGCCUCCCUUGGCCUGGCUGCCCCUCAGGGCAACUUUCCCAGGCUCGAGAACAUAGGGGCAUAUAAAUCUGUCAGCACCAUGCCAACGAGGGCCACAUGUGGAAUUCCCGAGAGAAGUACUUUCUGUCAAGCCGGCCAGGUUCAGGAGGAUCUUCACACCUGUUUCCAGAAGUUCUGUAUCCAGGAGUGUCCGUACAGCUCCUCUACGCUAGACUACACCGACAUCCUCGCCACAAGUGCGGGCAUGUGCUGGAAGGGUGAUGCACGGGACCACCGUCCAGGCGCAAAGGCCGAUUCCACCAGCUUCAUCUUUCCGACCUCGAGAGGUUGUCCGGCUUCCCCGUCAACUCUAAGUUUCGGCCCAGCGAGCUCAUUUACUCUAACAAUGUGGCUGAAACUCGAGCAAGACACUGUAAUGACUUUAUUGGAAAAGAGGGCUGUGGGCAGACUGGUGCUGCUGGUGACAGUCUCCAAGGAAGACAUUCAAAUUCACUACGGCAUUCACAGCAAACAAAACUUCUCUAUAAGCAUGAAGACUGCAGGUCAUAUCAGCAUAGGCGUCUGGACACACAUGUCUCUACAGAUACAUGAAACAAGCGUGAGCUUGUUCCUGAAUGGUCAAGAGGAUGAUGGCACAGCUUUAGACACCCAAACCUUGGCAGGACCAAUUGAUGACAUCACCUCAGAUGGUGCUCUGUGGAUCGGUACAAGUUCUAAUGGGACAAAUCAAUUCAUUGGAAGGAUGCAGGAUUUUAGAUUUUAUCCAAAGACGUUAACCAAUAGAGAGAUUGAAGAAGUCUACACUGGACAAUUCCCUCGCCUACACACACAGUCGAUAUGCCGCUGCCCUGCCAGCCACCCCAGAGUGCACCCCCUCGUGGAGAGGUACUGCAUCCCCAAUGCAGCCAAUGAUACCACCCAUAACAAAAUUCUCCGUCUGAACCAGGAUGCCCACCCCCUGCAUUACAUCAAUGACAAUGACAUUGGAACCACCUGGAUCUCCUCCAUCUUUUCCACUUUAGAGCUGCUGGACAAAGGAAUAACCAUCACCAUAGACCUGGAGAAUGGACAGUACCAGGUUUUCUACGUGAUACUCCAGUUCCUCAAUGCUCAGCCUGAAGCGGUCCGCAUUCAAAGGAAGACAACCGUGAGUUCCGAAUGGAAGGACUGGCAAUUCUUGGCCAAGAACUGCAGCUACUUUGGAAUGAAGGAUAACGGGCCUUUGGAUCGUCCUGAUUCUGUAAACUGUCUACAGUUGCCAAGCAACAUACCUAUCUCCCGUGGAAAUAUCACCUUUAGCAUCCUGACGCCCGAGCCGAAUCUGCGACCGGGCUACAAUGACUUCUACAACAGUGUCACCCUUCAGGAAUUUGUGAGAGCCACCCAUGUGAGAAUCCACCUCCAUGGCCAGUACCACACCCAAGAUCCUGCGGUUCCUUUCCGUCAUCGCUACUAUGCUGUGGACGAGAUCACCAUCAGCGGCAGGUGUGAGUGCCAUGGCCAUGCAGACAGCUGUGACACUAGUGUGAGUCCGUACCGCUGCGCCUGCCUCCCAGAGAGCCACACACAUGGAGCUAAUUGCGAGAGCUGCUCUCCUCUCUUCAAUGACAAGCCGUUCAGAGCUGGAGAUCAGGUACAGGCGUACAACUGUCGCCCAUGCCAGUGCUACGGCCACGCCUCUUCCUGCCACUACAAUUCCAGCCUGGAUCCUCACCCUGAAGAUCACUUUAGAGGAGGAGGAGGGGUGUGUGAUAACUGUACACAUCAUACCACAGGCAGGAACUGUGAGCGGUGUCGGAGUCUGUUCUACAGGGAGGUGGGUGCACUCCUGUGGGCCAAGGACGUGUGCAAACCAUGUGAGUGCCACAGCGCUGGGACCGUCAAUGGCAGUUUAGAAUGUGAGCCAAUCGGGGGGCAGUGUAAGUGCAAGCGACAUGUGUCUGGCAUACAGUGCAAUCAGUGCCAACACGGAUUCUACAAGCUGCAGUCGGCGCUGGCUGAUGGCUGCCAUGCCUGUAACUGCAAUACCGCCGGGACCGUGCAGCCAGAUAUUACCUGUCACCAGGACUCAGGUCAAUGCCAGUGCAAGGCAAACGUAAUCGGUCUAACCUGUGACCGUUGUAACUACGGCUUCAAAUUCCUCAAUCGCACAGAUCCUGAUGGCUGCAUUCCCUGUGGUUGUGACCCACGAGGUUCUCUACACCAGUUCUGCAAUCCUUUCACCGGCCAGUGUGAGUGCAAAGAUGGCGUACGAGGCCUCCUCUGUGACACCUGCAUCCCUCACUUCUACAGUCUGAAUGGUAGUGGAGUCUGCCUGCCCUGCGACUGCAGUCCAAACGGAUCCGUUCCUGGUACCUCCUGUGAUGCGGUAACUGGACAGUGUAGGUGCAAACCUAACAUAGAGGGCCAACGGUGCGACAUGUGCCGGGAUGGUUACCACACUCUGGACAGCAGCAACUCGUUGGGCUGUGUGCCUUGCCAGUGUGAGCUCAGAGGCACGGUGAAUGGCUCAGAUGUGUGUGACAAGACCACAGGCCAAUGCAUGUGCAAAAACAACGUGGAGGGACUACGUUGUAAUCGAUGCUCAUCUCACACUUACAACCUGAGUUCUGCCAACACCACGCAUGGAUGUCAACCAUGUCAUUGUGAUCACAUGGGCACCAUGCCUGCAACCGUGUGCAACCCUGUUAGCGGUCAAUGUGUCUGCCUGCCCACACGCUACAGCCGAGACUGUGGAACCUGUAAACCAGGUUUCUUCCUGUCUGAGGCGGGGCUCAGCGAGUGUGAAGUGUGUGAAUGUCACUCGGUUGGAGCGGUGGGGCAGGUGUGUGCUGCCCACUCAGGGCAGUGUGUGUGUGCUCACGCAUCACUGACCGGUCGCAGAUGUGAUCAGUGCCAGGAUCUCUUCUUUGGCUUUAAUACAAGUGUUGGCAGGUGUGAGCCUUGUGGAUGUGAUCCUGUCGGGGGAUUCAAUGGCACGUGCCACCCAGAGACGGGGCAGUGUUUGUGCAAACUGUAUGUGACUGGAGAUAAAUGUGACAUCUGUGUGGAGGGAGCGAGUCACAUGGAUCCAAACAACUACCUGGGCUGCAGUAAAGAUCCCCAACAGCAGCCUCCUCCUCUUGGCCAGGUUCUGAGCUCCACGGCUAUAGAUUUGACCUGGAGAGCCCCUGACUCCCCCAACAGUAAUGAACUGAUGUACACACUGCUUCGAAACUCAGAGAUCAUCCACAUCAGCCACAGCCAGCACCCAUUUGGAACUAUGCAUUACACAGAUGCUGAUUUGUCUCCUUACACGACAUAUUCUUACCAGCUCAUCACAAGCAAUAUCCGUGCUAACACCAGCAGUGCCACGGUCAGCUUACGCACCCUGUCUGGUGUACCUGAGCAAGAGGAACUCCAAAUAUCCCUUGUGGGUCGAGCCAAGCCCACCAGCGCCUCUUUUAACUGGACAGAGCCUUUGAACACCACUGGUCCAGUGGAGAGCUUUACCUUGAGCUCGAUACAGGAUCUGACCGGAGAAGAGAGGAUCCACUACACAGGACUUCAAACAGAGGCUACCGCUGAGGAGCUGCAACCUUUCACUGGAUACAACUUCAGUCUGCAGGCUUGCACUAACGGAGGCUGCGCUCGCAGCGAGAAUCUGAUCAUACUUACCGCUCAAAUACCUCCUCAGCAGCAGCCUGCACCCGCAAUCACAACCUUAGGGGCCUCUCAACUCCAAGUGGACUGGGAACCGCCAGUGUUACCUAAUGGUAUUGACACAUUUUUCAUUUAA